GGAAAUUCCCGCACUUUCACAAUCACAUUGGGGAAGAAACGCGACAGGCAUGGCUAGAACCAAGCAAACAGCGCGCAAGUCCACGGGCGGGAUGGCGCCUCGAAAGAUCCUAUCCCAAGUCAAUGCGUCAGGAGAUGACAGCUCUCGCGGCACGAUCGAACUUGAGGGUGCGACGAACGAUGAGGCUGUGCUAUUGGAGGAAACGCUGCUAUUGUCGCCCGACCGUGAGAGUGUACUUUCUUCGUUGUCCCUGGAGUCGGCGGAGUAUCGCUACUUUCAUUCGAUUCAACUUCUACAUGAUUUGAAUGCGACGGACACCGAUCCCGACGUCAAGAUCGAGGAAAUCCUUAGCAACAUCCAUGCACUUGAGACAGGGGGUGGGUGGCAUCGUGCACAACGCCUUCGUUUGCGACUCAAUGUGAUUUUACUCGACAAGGGACACGAACGUGCACGCACCUUUUUUGUGGAAAACUUAGGAUUGGAAUUAAAUGCGCCACGGCCCACUGAUGCAACGGUGUCCACUGUGGGAAGUCUCGAAGCUGUCAAACCUAACACAUUGAGUUACGACGUUGAAUCAAUCAAGGAAGAAAAAAUCAAACACGUGAAAGAAAGUUUGUAUCUUGAUGGCUCCAAGUGGAUGGUUCCGUACAGCGUGGCUUCUUCGCUUCGUGAAUGGAGCGCAUACGAGCUACAAGGCUUUUUCGAGUCUCUAGCCGCGUCAAGUUUACCCGCAUGGACUCCCGAGCAGAUGCAACUAAUUCUCGAGUUCAUUUUGGCCCAAGAUUUACUCAAGUGGACCGACUUUGACGCAUAUGUGGAAGUCGUGGCAAAAGGAAUUUUGGCUGGAAUCAAGAAUCCAGAUGACAACAGCGACAAGGUUGGCGUUUUUGGUUCCUUCUCCCAUCACAAAAAUCUAAACCUAUGUCAAAUGGAUGUGUUGUGGGAACGGUGCUCCCGUGAGUUGCAAGACAGCGAGUCCUUUGCGCUGCAGUAUGUCCAAAUGUUGCAAUCUGCGUCAACAAGUGACAACGAAGUGGAAUUCUUGACGACGGCGCUGACGUGGCUAAAGCGAUUUGGACCUCACCUCAAUGGCGUUCGUGUGGUGCUUCUGCAUCGAUGGAUCCAGCUCGUUCUUCACAAGGCGGACAACGAAACAAUAUUGAGGAGUUUGUUCUUGCAGUACAUCGAAAUUCCUCGAGAAGGAUGUCGCAUUGCCAACGAAGAGACGGUGCGCAACGCUGACUAUAAUAGUGUCGUCCGAUUUGACAACCUCUCCAACUCAGCGUUCGGAUCGUUCAGUGAGAAGUCGUCCGGCAAAUCCCUUGUACCACGUCUAGCACAAGAGUUGAGCUACAACCUAACUUCUUCCUCGGACGAGGACUUGAUCAAAACGGUGCUGUCAAUCCUUGUGCUGCGUGGGGCGACGGUCCACGACUAUUCGCCGUUCUUGAGUUUGCCGUACUUGAAAGUCCAAUACGCCAUGGCCAUGCUGAUGUCUGGACGGGGGAGUCGUGCGGAGUACGAGAAUGAUAUUGUCGACCAACACGAUCUCCACGAGUUGUUCCACGGGUCGGAAGUGUCGUUCUGCAAAUCCAAUCCGUAUUUGAUUGGACCUGACGACCCUGUGUCUCUCGUUCUAAACGUGAAGAAUAUUGAAGCAUUGACGAUCCAACUGUUUGAAAUCAACUUGAGCGACCACUUUCUCAAGACCUUUCGUCCGAUCAAGGGCGACAUUUCACUGGAUGGCCUCCUCCCCAACGAAGAGAUGAGAGUGCGGUUCGACCACGUUCCAAGCCAUGUUCGAGUCCAACACCGCGUCGAGUUUCCAUCGAUGCAAUUGUCUCGUCGUGGCGUGUUUGUGGUGGAAGUGGUGGGCCAAAACACCGCGUGCCGAGCAGUCGUGCGCAAGGGAUUCCUUCGCUUUACACAAGAAGUGACUGCCAAAGGACACGAAUUAGUCGUGUUCGAUGAGGAGAGUCGAGUGAUUUUGGAUUGCGUUGCCGCCAUGCCCGAUGUCCUAGACAAGUCGAAGCAACACUCGUACGCUGCGUCCCCCGAUGGGCGCAUUAUUAUUCCGUUUUUCACGGCGGUCGACACAUCAUGGGAAGAUCCAGUCCGCAAGUCGACUCCAAUUUUCAUUGGCCAUGGGACGUUUGGAACACUUGGGACGUUGGACUAUUGCGAGGAGAGUUACAAGGUGAAGGCGAAUAUCCACAUCGACAGUGAGCAAUUGGUUCCUGGGACGAAAGCUAACGUGCUCAUUCGAAGCAAACUGUACGUCAACGGUUGUCCGACGUCAUUGUCCUUGCUCAAGAGUGUGAUCUUGUCGGUGGAGUUCACGAGCGAAACCAACAUCCAAACCAAGAAGGAAUUUCGAAAUUUGACUCUGCCCAAUGAUUCGACUGACCUGACGACUUCAAUUGACAUUCCCCCCGAAGCUGUAUCGUUCAAGGUCACGUUCAAGGGCGAAGUAGCCUCUCUGCAUUCUGUGGACAAAUCGACAUCGACUGCCCGGGCGACGAGGCUCUGCCAGGUUUCUGACUGGAAGCACUUUGACAUCCCCCACCCAACACGUGACGACACUCUAUUCAAUCCGUACCUCAAGACAAUCCAAGGCGGGAGUGGCGACGAAUACAUCGUGCUUAUGUUGGGCCACAAUGGUGAAGGGGUGCCAAAUGUGGAAACGCAGGUCCGUCUCCACCACUUGGCGUUCGAAACACCGAUAAGUCAGACCUUGGUGUCGAACGAACUUGGAAUAAUCUCGUUGGGCGGGCUGAGACACGUUAAGUCCAUUCAUAUUGACGUGAACGAUCGACAACACUCGUGGAACCUACCCAACUGGACGGAUGACGGCGACGUUCGAGAGAUACAGUGUGCUAUGUCUCUCAAGAAUGUGCUGAUUCCGGUGCCCCAUGGCAUUGGAGAGGAUUUGGGUCCUUGGAUUCAAAACCAAGCUGUCACAGUGUUCAAGAUCUACACGGUGAAAUCACGUCGAAUCCAGCAACGCAUUGACAGUCAAGUGUAUCUAUCCGUUGGGCCAGGGUCGAGUUUGAUUUUCAAGCCGUUGACAGUGGGCGAGUUUGACGUCGUUGUGAAGCCAAUACAUGCCGCGUAUCGGAUCACGGUGGGCGAGUCUGAGAUUGCUGGUUUUGUCAAAGCGCAAGGAGGUGCACUGUUAAAAGCUGAUCGGACAUCCCCCGUGAUGAUUCGGAACUUGCACGUGGUGGAUCGACAGCUCAAGAUUUUUGGUGUGAACGCGACACCUCAAACACGAGCUCAGGUGAUCUUGAGACGGUUCGUCAGCCACGUGCCGCUCAGUAACGUACUGAAGCAAGACAUGAACGACGACCAAACUAUUCGAAAGCACAAGAUGGACGCACCUCAAAGCGAGUACUUUGAGAGCAAGCGCAUCGGAGAUGAGUACGCAUACAUUUUGGAGCGACGUGCGUUUGCUAACCAACACCCAAACUCCAAGUUGUUGCAAGGAAAUCGAUUAGCGGCAGCGUCGCUACUUCUGAAUCCAUUCAAGGCCCAAAAGACAGUCGAAGCGACUCUGGCUGACGCAAAGCAAGGUGAAGAGUAUGGCAAGUGUCGAGAGGCCGACAGAUCAAGACUGGAAAGACUUGAUGCAUUCGCGCAGCAUUCCAGUGGAAGGCGAGUACUUACCAAGGAAUGUUCAAUGCCUCCCAACACCCUUUUUCUGGAUACCACCUCCUUUGUUCAGUCCAAUAUUCGGCUUGAUGUGCUCGGCGAAGCGACUGUGAUGUUACCGACGACGUUGUCAGGCUCGUACGAUCUGAUUGUGUCACUUGUUGACGAUCACACAGUUGACACUCGCCAACAAUGCACCUCGUUUGGUACGCAAAAUUCUAACGCUCUACCAUGGACAAUCACUCUGAAGAACACUGCACUGUCACGUGAAUCUGCCUUGGGAGUUUCUAAAGGAGUCCAUUCCAUUCAAGUUCGUGGACAUCGCUGCAUUCCUACAAGCCAUACGACAACGUUGCCUUGCGGUCCUACCAGCAAGAUUGAGGUGUAUGACUCUCUCGAGCAUGCGUUUGGUCUACUGGACGCUCUGACAGACCACAACAUGCUGUACAAUGAAUAUAUUAAAAUGUGGCCGUCACUGGACCUCGCUACCAAGCAAGCAAUCUACAGUCAAGACGCAUCGAAUGAACUCAACGUGUUUUUGUACAAAAAGGACAAACCGUUUUUCGACGCGGUAGUCCUGCCGAUUGUGCAGUCCAAGUUUGUCAAGGAUUUCGUGGAUUGGUACUUGCUGGAUGCACAGUCCGUUCUCCAGACGUACUUUGUGAACCCCGCUAAGUUUUCAAAACUGGCUUUGAUCGAGAAGUUGCUCUUGGCCGAGCGGCUUGCCCCAGCGAACUCGGCUGCAGUGUGCCGUUAUGUAAUUCGCGUUGUUGAGGCAUACUACGGAGAAUCGACGGUGACGAAACUGGACACGGUAUUCGAGCACGUGAUGACAGCCAAGAGCACAGACCAAACUGACCUGGUACAAUAUCGCGAAGACGAUCAACCUGAGCCAGCGUACUCCCCUACAGCACCAUUAUUUUCCCCAACGAGUCCGGCUUACAACCCGACCAGUUCAGGAUUCAGUGUCCGACAACCACAGACUCGAACAAUGGCUUUUCGAGCGAACACGAGAUCCUUGCAAAAAUCUUCACUAUCGAGGGAUAUGGGUUUUUCAUUUGGAGCUGCGGCCAGUUCGAUGCCAGCUGCAAUGCAAAUGACAAGCAACGAUGACGAAUCGGACGAAGACGAAUCGGACGAAGACGGCGAUGAUGAAAGCUGGGAACACAUUAGUGAAGAAGACGGGGACGGUAAUGACGACAACUCUAGAACCAAAAUUGAACCAACAAUGAAGAAACGAAGAAUCUUUCAAGCUCCAGGAGCCACGUACAAGGUCAAAGAGCGCAGAUACCACGAUGGAAAGGACGAGCCACAAUUGCAUUGUGGAGGACUUGUCCCGACUCAGCAGGCUGUUCAAGACAAAGCAUGGACAGGGUCUGGCAUCAAUCAAUUUUGGUUGGACUAUGCCCGCCACCUCUUGGUGCCGUCGCCGGAAAAUAAGUUUCUCUCGGCAUCAUUCCCAGAAGCGUGUUCGACAUUCGCAGAAUCGAUGUUGGCGUUGGCGGUGCUGGAUUUGCCGUUUGUUGGUGGGACCUGGACGACUCGUACAACUCCAGCAGAUCCGACGACUCUGGAAAUGAACACGACGACACCAGUCAUUGUGUUCUUUGAAGAUAUUCGGCCCCAAUCGGAACAAGACCUCUCCGACGACAUCGCAAUGGUUGGAUCAAACUUGAUUGUCACGCAAACAAUUUUCGACCCGCGAGAUUCGAAUUUGACCCAAGGACAGCUGAAGCUCGUGAAGGAGUUUGUCCGCGCCACACGGUACGGGCUUCAAGUGACUGUGAGCAACUUGAGUCCAUUGGCGACUCCACCGCUCAACUUACUAGUGCAGAUCCCCGAAGGUGCGAUUCCCGUCAGCCACGGUAGCUACUACACGAGGAACACAACCUUUACUUUGUCCGGCAAUGAGACGGAGACGACAGUGGUGUACUUUUACUUUCCUAUGGAAGGCAUAUUUUCCCACUUUGCCGCCCACGUGGCGAUUCGAGGUCAAACAGUGCGAUGGGCAGACGAAUCUCCCAUGUCUCCAAGCUCCAUAACGGUGGUCGCGGAGUCCAAGACGGUUGACAUCACGUCCUGGAAAGAUGUUUCGUCUCGCGGAAGCCUGGAGACAGUUUUGCACUUUUUGCGCUCCCACCACAAGCUCGAAAGCGUGGACUGGAUCACCAUAGCGUGGCGUCUCAAGGACAGAGCGACGUACGAAACGCUGUUGCAGUUUUUGCGCCAACAUUUCGUGUACUCGGAGGUUGUAUGGCAGUACUCAUUCUUAUUCAACGACACCGUGGCCAUGGCUGAGCUGAUGCAACGUCGGUUAUCUGCGUACGAAGUUGGCCCAGGCUUGUCGCUGCCGUCGCUACUGCCACUGGCUGUGUUCAACACAGAGGGUCGCUUUGCCGACAUGUGCCUCGAAUUUGCUGAAUUUACCCCGUUCAUUCUUCGCCGCACGCACUUGAUGAAAGGCAACAAGGUCAUCCCCAACCAAGACAUUCGAGAAGCGUUCCGCGUUUUGUGUCACACGCUGUGUCUCUUGCCAAAGCUAGCCGACGAGCACUACUUGGUGUUGGUCUAUUUCAUGGUGUUGCUGAACCGCAUGGACAAGGCGCUGGACCUAUUUGGUCGAGUGACGGAACGUGCUGCAAAGACCUUCCCGUUGCAAUACGACUACAUGAAUGGUUUUUUGGACUUUUUCCGCGACGAUCCUACAUUUCCGACUGCUCGAGCCGUUGCGAUGAAAUACGCGAAGGCAGCGUACGUUGCCCGCCAUCGAUGUGGCGACUUGUUCAAGCGUUUGCAGGACCAGCUGAACGAACUGGACCAGCUGACGCAGGAAACGUCGGUGGUGUCGGUCCCGUCAUCGUCCGACCAAGACGUGUCGAUCGAGUUGACUAUGAAGAAGGGGUCGUUUGUAAUCACCCAACGUGGUACCCGUGUCGACAAGUGCGUCAUUAAGUACUACCCCGUCGACGUCGAGGUGAUGUUCUCCAGGGAACCGUUCGCUGGACAAGAUGCUAGAGUGUCGUCGUGCAUUUCUUUGAUUCAACCCCGAGCGACGACUGAGAUUGUGCUGUCGCCUGGAGGGGCGACAACGAUGAGUGUACCUCCGGCGCUGGAGGCGACCCAAAUGCUCGUAGUCGCGUCCCCGGUGGGAUAUCCGGAGCUGGAAAUGGUGAAGCCGCACUUUUGCGAUUCGAUGGACGUCCAUUUUUCACUGGACGAAGGACUGGUGCAAGUGUUUGCUGGUCGCCGUCCCCUGAGCAAGGCGUACGUGAAAGUGUUUGUUCGCACCAAGGCUUCAUCGAAGUCAGCCAAGUUUUACAAGGACGGAUACACGGACAUUUGCGGUCGCUUCAACUACAUGGCCAUCAACGACACGAAGCUCCUCCUAGACGUGUCGAAACUCGCCCUCUUGAUUUUACACCCAGACCACGGCGCAGUCAUUCGACAAGUGUCUCCGCCGAUCUCAAUUUCGUUGGAAGGCGACCAGCGACCAGUCAAGCGCGACUGGACGUCGUACUAGUUGUGAUAGCCAAGUUGGGCAACUUCGUCAUGUUGUUUCGAUAGUGUAGAGCACACCGUUAAAUUUGCAUUCUUUCUCGCUGGAUUAUGGCACUUUUCAA